GUUAUGGUUAUACGAAUAAUGAAUGUCUACCUAGGAGGUAGGUAGGUCAACAGCAACGGCUCGGCCAUAUCUCUAGGUGACGUUGACCAGGAUGCCGGUGUAUACUACCAGACGUCUCUAGAUUAUUAUCCAUAACCCCGCUUGAGAUUGCCACCACCUGGCAUUUAUAUCUCAUAGUCGAUCAAUGUGUUUUCUCCUGAAGCUAGUAAUCCCUACCUUGAUUGCAUCUAGGGCUACGGCCGAAGUUCUAGACAGCUAUUCAGUGAAUAUGAAUUCAAGACUAACGAUCGCACCUCCUCUUUCACGACGAGGCCAUGGCCCAGGAUUGCUUCUUCUAAUCGAUGAAGAACUUGAUCUUCGCAAGCACAAGAGGACCUUAGAUCCGCCACCCUUAGUAAAAUGGGCAGAGGAAGGAUUCGCUGUUGCCCAAUUGAGAAUCACGACGUCUAAUAGGGAUCUUAGGGAUCUAAUACGAGAUGGUAUCGGUUCAGCGCUCUCAGAAUUAUCGAGGUUGCCGUCCUGCGACCAAAGCCAGAGAAUUGGAAUUAUUGGUGAGCGAGAGAUGGGAAAUAUUUAGGCACGCAAAGUUGUCACGGCUAAGCUGACCAUACGGUAUAACAACGAAAAGUUUAUAUGUCUGUCGUAGAGUCCGCCGUACUAGAAACAAUCGAGACUUAUCCUGAGAUCUGUGCCGUGAUCUGGUACGGUGCAUCUUCAGCAAGCACUAUUAGAAGCGAGCUGCCAUGGUUGGCACACAUAGUAGGAGCCGUGAAAGCCGAAGGAGAUCCGGCAGGUGAAGAUCAUAAUGCGAAGCGCCACUACUAUACCCAUGCGAAAUCAUUCUUCGUUAUCCCAGCACAUGAAGACUAUGACGAUUCUUCAGCCUCGGUGGCGCAUUCAAGGACACUAUCUUUCUUGAAGCCGUUGGUCGGCGGACCUCACUUCGACCUUGAGAAAGUUUGGGAUGAACACACAUAUUGGGAAUUUGAAGCGCGUUCGGUCGAGGAAACGAUGGCGACUAUGGUUGAGGAACCCUACGUGAAUCACAUUCCGACGCUGACCGGGGGCGUCGGGCGAGAGGCUUUGACCAAUUUCUACAGGGACCAUUUCAUCUUUAGUAACCCGCUCGACACAGAGCUUCAACUCGUGAGCCGGACCGUAGGAAUAGAUCGCGUAGUCGAUGAAUUCCUUUUCAAGGCUACCCACGACCGCGUGAUUGAUUGGCUUGCCCCCGGCAUUCCGGCAACUGGGAGGCCUAUGAGCGUCCCUUUUACGAGUGUAGUUAACAUCCGUGGUGAUCGCCUCUACCACGAACACAUCAGCUGGGAUCAGGCAACUUUGUUAAAGCAGUUAGGUUUACUUCCCGACUACCUGCCAUUCCCAUAUUCUAUUAGAGGAGAUGAAGCUACUGCCAAUGAUGCAACAUUUGAAUACCGGCUUCCAGUUGCUGGUACAGAAAGUGCGCUCAAACUCUCCAACGAGAGCUCGGUAGAUUCGAACGCGAUGCUUCAAUAUCAGUAUAGAGAAACUGUCCAUACAGAUGUCCUCCAUUGAGGGAAGUGGAAACUCGAGAUUCGAUAUCCCACUUACACCACCACAAAGGUGAAAUACGGAGGCAUCACUUGUUGGUUGUUUGAUUUAUGUACCGUCAAGAAGCUCCUGCGAGGGAGGUAUUAAUACCUAGUUGGUUGUGUUGAU